AUGGGAGGCUACCUGAGCAGACACCUGGGCCGAUACCUGCGCACGGCCAAGGCCGCGCUGCCACGCCCCGCUUGGGGGAACCGCUACCUGCGAGCCAGGCCCGCCCCCCACCGCCGCGGCCCGGUCCCGAGCCAAGUCAUCUCGGUGCACCGGGAGCGCUGGAUGCAGAGCCGGACCCGCCUCCCGCUGCCGCCCCACCUGGACCACCCCCGAGUCCAGAGGGCCGUAGUGCCCAAGGCCUGGAGGAGCUUCCGCGGCAAGUCCCCCCUCCACACCUUCCUGGGGCUGGAUUUCUCCAGCGGUCGCGAGAGCUUCGUGAGGCACUGCCUCUGGAAGGCCCAGAACGUCCUGAACAUCUGGAACACGGUGACCGUCAACAUCACUCCUCCUGAGGGCGGCGGGAGCUCCAGCGGGCGCCCAGCCACCCAGGAGCGCCCGCACUCCUGCGCCAAGGAGAUCCGGCUGAGGGCUCGCAGCCCGGGCCAGAGAGGGAAGAAGAGGAGCCGCAGAUCUCUCCGGUUCGAAGGCCCCCCGGCCAAGAGGAGGAGGCAGAGCCCAGGGGCCAGGCCGUCCGCCUUCAGGCCUGUGUGGAAAGAUGGCAUGGCCCCUGCCUUCGUGCCCAGGCCUGGGCCUCUGAGAAGAGGCCUCUUCUGGCAUCCCGCCGACCAGGAGGCCACCCAGCCCGGGCCCGACCCGCUGCCAGGACACCAGCAGGCCCCAGGAGAGUCACCGGGCCUCGGCUUGAGAGCAGAUGAGCAUGUCCCAGAGCCUGGGCCCUCCUGCAGCCUGGGGCCCCCCUUGUAUCCUGAGCCACCGCCUGAGACUCAAACCAGCCGUCUUUUUACCCCGCUGACCCCCGCUCUACCCCCGCAUGAGUGA